AUGGCUUCACCAGACACGCGCGCAGUCAAGGGGGACGACGCUGAGCAUCCCUGGCGACCUCCCCCAUCUUCCUCGGCGGCAUGGAACUGGAUGCGGCGCUUCAGAGACGUGGGACCAGUCACGCUGCAAAUAGAGGGCGGGCCCGCCAGCGCCCGCCUCUACUGCGACGCCGUCGACGGCCUGGCUGAGGGCGGCGACCUGGUCGAGGCUUUCCUGGUGGAGAUCUUCCGCUGCAAGCUGUGCCGCUUUACCUGCGCUCUCAAGAGCGCCAUCUGCAGCCACCUGCUGCUGGCGCAUGCCUCGCUAGAGGAGGCGGGGCUUCAGCGCCCACAACUAGCCUACCCACUUGACCUCAAGCACCACGACGAAAAUGAUGACUUCCUGCUUUAUGACGUGCUGCAAGACAUUGGCCCACCUGCAUGCCACUCAUUGAAGGUCGUGGGCGAACUCUUUGAAGACCACGAGCCCGUUUCGUCGCACGCCGACCGCCGCGCUCAUCAGGAGACUGCGCAAUCCGCCCACCUCAUGACGCUCGGGCUGUGCCGCAUCGCCGCUGCCCGACCGCCCUCGGAAACCGCCGGGGCGCCGAAGCCGACUACCAUCUCAGUGCGGGCGCAUACCGCCGAGAAUGCUGGGAAAUACGCAGAGAGACGGCGCGCAUGUCGUCGCGUGUCUGGAGUCCGGCAGCGGGCAGAGCUAAAGUCUGCCGGGAGGAUGGGGGAGGAGCCUGGACAAAAAGGGGCGGAGUCCCAUGAACUCACUGGUGAAAGUCGGAGACCGAUCGAACCGGCUGCCGUAAAGAAGAGGACGACGACGCACCUGAACAGAGCUCGUCUCAAAUCGGCAAAAGGAAAAGAUGAAAAAAAAAAGUUUUCAGGGUUUGUCUGCUCGCUGUGUCACAAGAAGUUGUCCAGCAAAGUCACGUUGCAGCGCCACCUGGAGAUUCACACCGGAAAGAAAAUCUACUCCUGCCGGACGUGCUCAUACGCCAGCACGCGGCAAGAGUCGCUACGGCAACAUGUCAGGACGCACACAGGUGAGAAGCCUUACAAGUGCACACGCUGUCCAUACGCUUCCAUUGAUCGGAGUUCUUUGCUGCGACAUUCCCGAACACACACGCGAGAAAAACCCUACAAGUGCCAGCGAUGUGACUACAGCAGCAUCCAGAAGAAGAGUUUGGAUCUUCAUGUGCGUCGCCAUCACACAGGCCAAACGUUUUCGUGCCACCAGUGCGACUACGCCAGCGCAGACCGCCAGCUGCUUUUAAGGCACGCUCGCCGACAUCAUCCUCCUUUGCACGCCUCGUCGCCGCCUUGA